AUGUGGUUGCUGAAAGAUAUAGAUUUAGAAGCAGGCAGCAACACCCAAACGAAGCCAUUGAUGGCUCUGAGAGAGUUGAUUAAAACGUGCGAGUUCAGCGAGCUAGAAGAUGAAAUGUUACGCGAUCAAAUAGUCGAGAAAUGCCAUUCUAGACACCUAAAGGAACGUUUAUUGUCGCAAGAUGAUUUAAAUCUCACCAAAGCCGUGAAGAUAGCAAGAAAUAAGAGUGCAGUCAACGAAGCGAGACUUUCGGCUGGUCAAGAAAGUAAUUAUUUGUCCGCAGGAAAUCUCUAACGGUUGCAGACUGACAGAAACCGUUUGUGCUAUAGGUGUAGCGGGAGGUGAUCAUAAGUCGACGGAAUGUCGUACUAGUGACAAGAAAGGUAAUAAAGUGGGACACUUCGCUCGUGUGUGUAGAUCAACAGAACACAAAGAAAGCCAGAGAUAAAAUUGUAAGCCAGUCAACCGCAAGAAAGGCAAGAAUUACAAAGUUCGUGCGGUCGAGCGACAAAGUUGGGUCGGCGAAGAAGAUAGCCGGUCAGAGAAAAAGCACGUGUUAUUUACCAAGGGUAAAGAUGAUCGUGUCUUGAUAAACAUUAACGGGCGAAAGAUAAAAAUGGUUGCUGACACCGGGUGCUAGCAGAACAUAAUUUCUUCUCAAUUGUACAAAGAACGUACAGUUCAAACAAUGCCCGCUCAAGCAUACGAACAAGAAGUUUGUAGCGUACGGUCAGCGAUAUCCCCUGAAAUGUUUGGGAUACUUUGAAGCCAACUUGACUGCAGGUAUGAGUUCUAUAUAGAUUAGUAUAUUAGUUAAUUAAUUAAUUAAUGGACGGUAUAUUUAAAAUACAAUCGCACUAAUACAAGUAAUAGUGAAUUAUAGUAUUUUUACAAGCUUACAAUUAUGAAGACUACUGUUACUUUUUAAAACUAGGAAAUGGAGUUAUAUAAAAAUGGAAAUUUAGAUUGUAAACCUAAUUGACAACGGUCAUGACUUGUUCAUAGUACGUGAGCACAUAGCUGGGAAGAAACUGUUCUUAAAUCUGUCCGUCCUACACUUAAAUAGGCUAAGAUUACUAGAGUGGCGCAGUUCUCUGCCAUGCGACUCAAUCCGGGUCGGAGGUAAAAUGCGGUUAAGGCGUGAUGAUGGUAUUGUUAUUUUAUCCAAAACCUUCUUACAAAGAGUAUCACGACGAUCGGAUAGACGGGGAAGAGAAGAGGUAGCAAGCGCGGUUGAAUAGGACAUGUUUGGAUAUAAAAUCCGUAGAGCACGAUGUUGAACCCUCUCGAUUUUGUCGGAAAGGUAGGAGGGGAUAGAUGUAUUCCAGGCUGCACAGCAGUAUUCUAGCACAGAUCUGAUAAUCGAAAUGUAGAUAGUCAGGAGGUCGUUGGCAGAGACACCGGAGUUACGCAAAACUCGCAAAAUGUGAAGUCUCUUUGAAGCUUUGGACGUGAUAGAGUCAACAUGGGCGUUCCAUUUUAGAUCGUUUUGUAAGGUGACUCCUAGCAGUUUAAAACAGACCUUCUCUAAAGGUUGGGAGUUGAUCGACAAUGUAGAAGACAGUUCUUGUGGGGGGUUGCGCAGAAAAGAGAUGGUAAAGUCCUUGCACUUUUUAGGGUGUAAUUUCAUGUUAUUACUCAUCGACCAGGCAUUAAUAGAGUGGAGAUCUUGUUGUAUUCCAGGGGGGGGAGUUACGAUGGAUGGCUUGGGAGAUGGUAACGUCAUCAACAAACAUCCAAUUACUAGACCUCAACGGAGAAUGGCUGGCAAGGUCGUUGAUCAUUACGAGGAAUAG